AUGCAGAAUAGCGUGAACAGGUUGCUCGGGACCUACAUGGCGUAUAAAAGAACCCUGAAACCCCGGACCCAACGCUCAACUGCGUACAUCUCCCACAACGUGCAGCAUGUUCAGCAUGGCAUCCAGAUCAUAGAACAGCCUUUCUUGCAACAUGAGCACGCCAGGGACCCUGUUCGAUUUAUAGUGACUGGAAGAUACCUCGCCGUCCACUAUGAGAAUAGCCGGUUCAUACUGGAACGCGACUAUCACUGGAAGGGUAGCAUAUUCCACCUCUCGACCGAUGAGACCGAACAUUCUACGAUAAAACAUACAUUGGAGAGCUUCAAGGUCAUCCGGACUACAAGGACGAUGUCUUCUAUGUUUGUCAGCCUGGGACACAAAAUUAUCUCUCGAAGGACGGACAGUGGACGACAGACAUCAGCGAGGCGCUGCACGUCCAGCUUGAUCCGGGUGACGACCAAACUUGAGCAAGUCUUCAUUUCGGCCGACGGAACAGAUCUCUACCAGCCCGAUACCAGCUUCGUUCUCUAUGCCAUCAACAGCGGCUUCCGCAACUCUGGGGACGCGCAUAACUUCGGAGGCGAGCUGGCCUUCCAAAGCUGGCCGUACAACUAUGGAGCUCGAUUCCAGCUGUCUUCCUGCCAGGGCAAGACCCGGCUCAGCUCGAACGAAGGGGGAUACCUGGUUGUGACGAUGGGUCUAGCGGAUUACCUGGAGCCUGCAGAUGAUGAUGGGGCGUUGAUGCUGAUUCCGCGGGGUCUGCCGAGUAUGUUUGUCUUGUGGGAUGGGGAUUGGUACUACGCGGUCAAUUACCUGGAGGCGAGCUUUUCGCUGACGGAGCGGGUGAGGACGAUUAAGGAGGCGGCCGUCUUUCAGUCUGUGGGGUGUGAUGUGCACGAUACGCUAUGA